CAAGCCGGGAGAACUUUUACUGAAAACAUAGACUCUCUCGCACCACUUGAAUUGCAUUUUCACAAAUUUUCCCAACCCGCAUGGAACAGAUUUUUUGAAAUUAUUUAAAUUGUAAAACAACAUUUUUGAAGAAUUAUUCAUUUAGAUGGAGGAGAUUCCAAAAGUGUUUCCAGACCUGGGUUUACCUCAGGUUGUUCCAGUUGUUCAGGAUCUCUUGGACGAAUAUACAAAAAAGCCGGAAAAUCUUCCGAUUCAUGCAUUAGACAAAAAUUUGCGACAUAUUCGACCAUCACGGAAUUUUGAUUCACUUUUUACCUUCCACUCUAGAAGUUUUCCUCUGGUUCAAAGGGUAAAGAGGGAGCCAGCGACAGGACGUCUGGUGGGGUAUGAGGAGGUGGAGGUGAGCUCAUUGGGAGAGACGGCCAAGAACUCAUUGUCCUUGACAAGAGCACCCGGGGCAAAGGAUGAAGGCCUCAAGGGAAGCUCAACCAAUUUCCCCUUUUGGCCUGGAGGUUUUGACGAAGAAAAGGAAAUUCUGCAAUCAGCCAACAAAAUUGAAGCGCUCAAAAUUAAUGAAGAUGAGGCCGAGUUAUUUUCAAAAUUGUUCGAAAAAGACUUGCUGGUCGUACCCCCCACGUUCAAUAAUGGAAUGUCACUUGCCUCCAUGCAAAAGGAACCGAAGAACGAUAGCGAAAACAAUGCGUCGGUGGAUGUGUUUGCGGAGGACCGAAAGGAUGGGUUAGAUUUUUGGAAAGUCAGAGAAUCUACAAAUCUCGAGUAUCAACCAUCUCAAGCAAAAUUGGCUAAGCAAGGGAGUCAAGCAAAGCAUUUAUUGAACGAGAUAUCCGAUGACGUAUUUAGUGGACAUGAAGAGGAGAGAAAGGUUGCACCCGUUUUGAAAAUUAGUAAAACUCCCUUGUCUGCGCACUCCGUCAUGCCAUGGGCCGAAUUGAUUGAUGUAUCGAAACCCAUGGCUGAUUUCCGUGAAAAAGUUCCAGAUAUGGCAUAUACGUAUCCCUUUGAACUGGACACGUUUCAGAAACACGCAAUUGCAAAACUUGAAGAACAUGAAAACGUCUUUGUUGCUGCACACACGUCGGCAGGCAAGACGGUUGUGGCAGAAUAUGCAAUUGCCUUAUCUGUUCAACACAUGACUAGAACUAUUUACACUUCUCCUAUAAAGGCACUGUCAAAUCAAAAGUUCCGUGAUUUUAAGAAUACUUUUGAAAGUGUGGGCCUUGUUACCGGUGAUGUUCAGAUCAAUCCAAGUGCUUCCGUUCUAAUUAUGACAACUGAAAUUUUGCGCUCAAUGUUGUACAAUGGAUCCGACGUGAUCAGGGAUCUUGAAUGGGUCGUAUUCGAUGAAAUUCAUUACCUGAAUAAUGAAGAAAGAGGUCAUGUGUGGGAAGAAGUUCUCAUUAUGCUGCCACCACAUGUUAGCAUUAUUAUGCUCAGUGCAACUGUCCCUAACGCUAUGCAAUUUGCCAAUUGGGUUGGUGAAAUCAAGAAAAAGAAAAUUUAUGUUAUUAGCACCCUCAAACGUCCAGUUCCACUCGAACACUAUCUGUAUACUGGUUCUGGUGGAAAAUCUAAGGAUGAAGUAUUUCUUGUCCUUGAUUCAGAGGGAAAUUUUUCUAAGAAAGGAUAUGAUGACGCAAAAGAAGCAAAGUUAUCCAGAAUGUCCAAGCAUCAACAGUCAUUUGGUGCAAGAGGAGGACAUAGGAAUACAUUUAACGAAAAUUCUGAAAAAACUACAUAUAUUGGAUUAGUUAAUCAUUUACAGAAAAAUGAAAAUCUCCCUGUAGUCAUUUUCACAUUUUCCAGAAACAGGUGCGACCAGUAUGCUCAAUUGAUGAGCAGUGUUGAUUUAUGUACUGGACAGCAGAAAGCAGAAAUUCAUGGAUUUUUCAUGAAGAGCAUUUCUCGGUUAAAAGGUUCCGAUCGAGAUCUUCCCCAGGUAAGGGCUUUCCAUGAAAUGUUAAAAAACGGAAUUGGAGUUCAUCACAGCGGAAUUUUGCCAAUCCUAAAAGAAGUUGUUGAGAUGUUGUUCCAAAAAAAUUUGGUCAAGCUACUCUUUGCCACUGAAACAUUCGCAAUGGGAGUUAAUAUGCCUGCACGAACAGUUGUGUUUGACUCCAUUCGUAAACAUGAUGGCACUGGUUUUCGAACCCUUUUGCCUGCAGAAUAUAUCCAAAUGGCUGGAAGAGCUGGUCGCAGAGGCUUAGAUACAACUGGAACUGUGAUUAUCUUGUGCAAACAGAACAUUCCAGAAAUAACAGAGCUUACUAACAUGAUGACUGGUAAAGCUGCAAAAUUGGAGUCUCAGUUCCGGUUGACCUACAGCAUGAUUUUGAAUCUUCUACGGGUGGAGAGCUUGACUGUUGAAGAUGUCAUGAAGCGAAGUUUUCUGGAAGCCACUGCGCGAAUGAAAGUUGACUCUUUAAAAGAAAAGCUACAUGUUGUUCAAAAGCGAGUAGGUGAACUUGAAUGGAAUCACACAUUUGACGAGUACCUUAAAAACUUUUACAAUGAUGCUAAAAAUUGUAUAAGUGUUCGCGAAACAUUAAUUCCAUUCUUGAAAAAUCAUACGAGAAAUGAUAUGUUGGUGCCGGGACGAAUAGUUGUUGUGGAGCAAUUGCCAAAGUAUAAUGCUCGUUUUGGUGUAAUCCUUGAUACAAUUCCUCAAAAAUCCAAUCCACCAAACAGACUUAAAGUAUUAAUUCUAACAUCGGAAAGUGAUGGCAAGUCGUUCCAAGCACAAGGGUUCGAAGACAACGGCGCUAUCAUAGAUGAACAGUUGAAAGGCGUUGAAGAAAUUAAUCAAAAUUUUGAUGUUCAUUUUGGACAGAUGCUCUACUUUUCUUACACUGAUUUAGUUAAUUUCAAGCCAGAACUUAACGAUAUAGGAUAUUACCCGCACUCAGUGAUUGAAGUUGAGUAUCAGCAAGUUCUAGAAUUGUGUAGUAAACAGAUUCGAGUCGAUUCUGAUACUAUAAUUAACAAUAUUAAAUGCCGGGAGCAAUCGCGAUUUGCGAGCAACCUUCCACCCCCAAAUGUUAAAAAAGCUUUAGAAGACUUAGCUGAUAUGAAUUUCUCUCCACAAGAUGUGACUUUAAUCCCUGCAAAUCAAAGGGUUGUAGCAACUCGGGAUAUGAAUUUAAUUCUGGAGCUUCAAAGAUUUGAAGAGAGUAAAAUUUUACUCAAGCACAAUAAUAUUUCGAGUAAAGAGAUAUUUAAAACGAAGUUCCUCGAGGUGUUUUCCUUUAUGAAAGUAAAGGACACUUUGGAGAUGCUAGAGUAUUUAUUGUCUCCACGAAGUCUCCGCCUUCAUGAGGAUUAUCAGUCCAGAAUACAAGUGCUCAGAAAACUAGGAUAUAUUGACAGUGACAAUUUAGUUCAAAUGAAAGGUCGCGUGGCAUGCGAGAUGGGCAAUCAAAAUGAACUUAUGGUUACAGAGAUGGUAUUGAAUAAUAUGUUCGCAACGGCACCUCCUGCUGAAGUCGCAGCUAUUCUGUCUUGUCUGGUUUUUGAGGCAAAAAAGGUCGAGGAGCCGAAAUUGGACGACGAACCAGAUUUAAAACGGCGUGUUGAAGAGGUAAAGAAUUUGGCUCGUGGAAUUGGAAUAGCUCAAGUAGAAUGUGGUAUUAAAGAGCCAGCAGAGCAGUAUGUUGAACAGUUUCGUUUUGGAUUGGCUGAAGUAGUUCAUGAAUGGGCGAAGGGCAAGAGCUUCUGUGAUAUAAUGAAACUGACCGACGUCCAAGAAGGCCUUAUUGUUCGUACAAUUCAAAGAUUAGAUGAAAUGAUUCGCGAUGUGAAAGACGCUGCUCGAAUCAUUGGAGAUCCAUCUUUAAAAAAGAAAAUGGAAGAAUCCUCCGAGUCGAUCAAGCGUGAUAUCGUUUUUGCCGCAAGUUUGUAUACACAGUAGCAUAGAAUAGAUUAUCUUAUUUCCUAAGUUUGCUGAAAAUACCAAGUUAUAUUAUUUAUAUAUAUAAUAUCUUGUCGGUCCUGUGAUGUACCUCUAAAUUUGUUUGGUUGUUUUACAAUGAGAACGUUGUUGUACUUACGUAAUAAAUGUUUAUUCCUAA